AUGGCAGACAAAAAUAACGCCACGGUUGCUUUGCCGGCCUCGGCCUCCUUCGAGUGCGCCGCCUGCCUGCAGCUGCUGCACACCCCGAGCGGACGCCCUGGGGAAGCGUGUAAGUGCCCGCGGCCGGCGGCGGAGCCCCGCGGCGGAACCGGCCCGCCCAGGCCGGGCAAAGGGUCUUUCCGCUGCCUGGCCCCGGGCUGUCUGCCGCCGGCGGAGAGCCCCUGGGGCCCCUGGGACGGAGGCAGGCGGGAGGUCGGCGUGUGGGGGUCUGGCAGUGGGGGAGGUUUGGGGGGCGGACACACGGGGUUCGCGCGGGUGCGGGGAGUCCGCUUCGAACUGACUGAAAAUAACCCAUUUUCACCAGUGGUUUCCAUGCAGGUAAGGGUGGAGCAGCAGCACUGGGUUCACCUGCCUCCGCAGGCGGUGGGCACAGGUGACGCGGCUCCGGAGUUAGCCUGUUUAAGACUGAAUUACCUUGGAUUCUGUCAUUCCUGUAUUUCUGCAAGCUUAAAGAAUAAUGUGUGGACAUGCCCUUACUGCUGUGCUUAUCUUUCUUCUGAAGGAACUCCAGCCACUGAUAUUGCCAAGAAGAUGGAGAGCACAUACUGAAACUGCACAGAAUGUGAAAUGCAGGUAUGUCUGAGUGAAAUGAGGGCUCUAAAAACUUGUGAAAAAUAUAUAGAAAAAUAUGGACCUGUACAGGAGCUUGGAGAUGCUGUAACAAAGUGCUUGCAAUAUUCCUGUCCUUAUUCCCAGUGAGAAGUAGAUGAGGAUGAGCUAAUGGACCACUGUCUCGCUUACCACAGAUCAGAAAGGAGAGCAGCGUGGUGUUCAAUUAGUUGUUUAACACCUGGGAGAGAUCCAAGCUAUUUCAGCAGAAAUUUUAUAAGGCAUCUUCAACUCAGACAUACACUCAGUUGUGAAGACUAG